GGUUUUGCUUUCGUCUAUGAAGCUCAAGAUCUUGGCAGUGGCAAGGAUUAUGCUUUGAAGCGAUUGUUGUCUAAUGAAGAAGAAAAGAACAAAGCCAUCAUUCAGGAAGUCUGUUUUAUGAAAAAACUUUCAGGUCAUCCCAACGUUGUGCAGUUCUGCUCUGCUGCAUCUAUAGGAAAAGAAGAAUCAGACACGGGACAGGGAGAGUUUCUUCUGCUGACUGAACUAUGUAAAGGACAGCUGGUGGAAUUCUUAAAGAAAGUAGAAUUGAAAGGACCCAUCUCCUGUGAUACAGUUUUGAAGAUCUUUUAUCAGACCUGCAGAGCAGUGCAGCAUAUGCAUAAACAGAAGCCUCCUAUUAUUCAUAGAGAUUUAAAGGUGGAAAACUUGCUUAUUAGUAAUCAAGGGACAAUUAAACUUUGUGACUUUGGUAGCGCUACAACUAUAGCUUAUUAUCCUGACUACAACUGGUCUGCACAGAAGAGAGCAUUGGUUGAAGAAGAGAUUACAAGGAAUACCACACCAAUGUACAGGGCACCAGAGAUGAUAGACUUGUACUCAAAUUUUCCAAUUGGUGAAAAACAAGACAUUUGGGCCUUGGGCUGUAUCCUGUACUUACUGUGCUUUAGGCAACACCCAUUUGAAGACGGAGCUAAACUUCGUAUAGUGAAUGGGAAAUAUGUCAUUCCACAGAAUGACGCCCGCUAUUUGGUGUUUCAUGAUCUCAUUCGUUGCACUUUGAAGGUGAACCCAGAGGAGAGGUUGUCAAUCACUGAACUUGUGAAUCAAUUACAGGAGAUUGCAGCAGCCAGGAACGUGAAUCCUAAAUCUCCUAUCACAGAGCUCCUGGAACAAAAUGGAGGUUAUGGAAACAACGCUCAGCCUCGGACGUCUGUGACCUCAGUUUCACAGAGCUCCAAGCCUGCAGGGCAGCUCAACAAUAUGUACAAUGCAGGCCUGACCGUUGCGGAGUGUGACCAGACUUAUGGAGGGUUCUUUGAUAUUCUGAGGGGUGGAACAGAGCGAUUUUUCACUAAUAUUAAGGAUACAUCUUCUAAAGUUAUCCAGUCUGUGGCCAAUUAUGCAAAAGGAGACUUGGAUUUAUCAUACAUCACUUCCAGAAUUGCUGUGAUGUCCUUUCCAGCCGAAGGUGUAGAAUCUGCCCUCAAAAAUAAUAUAGAAGAUGUGCGGUUAUGUUUAGACUCUAAACACCCUGGCCACUAUGCCGUGUACAAUCUUUCUCCAAGAACAUACAGGCCUUCAAGAUUCCAUAAUAGGGUUUCUGAAUGUGGCUGGCCAGCAAGACGAGCACCGAAUCUUCAGAAUCUUUAUAGUAUAUGCAAGAACAUGCAUUUAUGGCUGAAACAAGAUCAGAAAAAUGUUUGCAUUGUGCACUGCCUUGAUGGAAGAGCAGCAUCUGCUGUUGUAGUUUGUUCUUUUCUAUGUUUCUGUCGUCUCUUCACUACUGCUGAGGCUGCAGUUUAUAUGUUCAGUAUGAAACGCUGUCCUCCUGGCAUUUGGCCUUCUCAUAAAAGAUACAUUGAAUAUAUGUGUGACAUGAUGGCUGAAGAACCCAUUAUUCCUCACAGCAAGCCGAUCUUUGUCAAAUCAAUCACCAUGACUCCAGUUCCGCUCUUCAGUAAGCAGCGCAAUGGCUGCAGGCCUUUUUGUGAAGUUUAUGUGGGGGAUGAGAGAGUGACCACUACCUCCCAGGAAUAUGACAAAAUGAAGGAGUUCAAAAUUGAAGAUGGGAAAGCAAUAAUUCCGCUAGGUGUAACAGUCCAAGGGGAUGUUCUCAUUGUGAUCUAUCAUGCCAGGUCAACACUAGGGGGCAGACUGCAAGCCAAGAUGGCUUCAAUGAAGAUGUUCCAGAUUCAGUUCCACACAGGUUUUGUGCCCCGAAAUGCCACCACAGUGAAAUUUGCCAAGUAUGAUCUGGAUGCUUGUGACAUUCAAGAAAAAUAUCCUGAUUUAUUUCAAGUCAAUCUGGAAGUAGAGGUGGAACCCAGAGACAGACCUAGCUGUGAACAGCCACCAUGGGAAAACAUGAACAUAAAGGGACUGAACCCCAAGAUCCUAUUCUCCACCCGAGAGGAACAACAAGAAAUUUUAUCAAAAUUUGAGCUGCCUAGACAGCCAGGUUCAACUGCACAAUAUGAAGCAGAAGCGUCCCAGCUGGAGCAAUCUUCGGAAAGCGUACCUACUGAGACAGAAUCUCCACACAGCAGUAGUACUGAUGCAAAUAACUUCUUUCAUUCUCUGGACUGGAAAGAUGGAAAAAGUUCAGAAAGUGGAGUAGAAGACAAUUCAUCCAGAAAUGAUCGUGUUCAACUAACUGAUGACCGGGAGGAGAGUGAUCCUUCUGAUGAGGAAUUCCCUACAUUUUCGGGUGAAGAAAGGGCAGUGACUGACGAAAAAGACUCUACUACCCCAGAAGGAGAGUUGCUUUUUGAAGCCAGUUUUGAAACGCCACCAGCCCCGUUACAAAAACCUGUUCCUGAAGAGAAUGUAGAUUUACUGGGACUAGACUCUGAUGUUUCACUGGAACAGAAACAACCUAUCUCAGAAAUGAAUUCUUCAUCAAGCAAUGCAGACUUGUUGAAUGAUCUUUUUGUGGGUAACACACCACAGAUUUCAGAAGAGCCCACUGGAGAUCUUCUUGGACAAGGAACCGAUUUCUUUUUCGGCAGUCAGUCUCAGCAUCCAGUUGCUGCUCAGACUGUAUCUUCAGCAGCAGCCAUGUCUUCUGUUGAUCCUUUUGAUCCAUUCACAAUGUCAUCGAGUCCUGAGAAUCCAACCCUUUCUGGUCCAGACCUCUUUGGAGAUUUUCUUAAUCCAAACUCAACGUCUACAUCUGGUACAUUUCCUUCCGUGCAUGGUUCGCUUCCACCUUCUUCCAGCUCAGACUUCUUAAACUUAGGGAAUUUGACAGCAGAGCCACCUAAAAUAUCAUCGUCUUCAAGCCACCCUGACCUCUUAGGUGGAUGGGAUUCUUGGGCAGAUUCCUCAACAACUAGCAAUGUGGCAUCACCACAGCUGAAGAAGUCUCUGUUUGAAGGUCAAGUGUUUACCACAGGGAGUCAGUCCAGUGUGUCUUCAGGUCCAUCUUUCAGCCAAGCUAAAUCUCAGAACUUUGACCCUUUUGCUGAUCUAGCCAACCUCGGCUCUGGUCUUCCAGGUCCCUCCACUGCCGGAUUCCCAACUACUGGGUUUGGUCAGAAGUCUGCUCCAUCUCAGAAAUCAGGAAAUCAGUGGCAGAAAACCACAAAACCACAAAGUACUUCAUGGCAGUCCCAACCUAAACCUAGCACACCAGCUAAACCCAAUUAUACAGUAAACUUCAGUGUGAUUGGAGGACGAGAAGAAAGAGGAGUCAGAACCCCAGGCUUUGGUCAAAAGCCAAAGGUUUCAGAAAAUGACUUUGAGGAUCUCUUAUCUAAGCAAGGGUUUUCAGCUAAAUCUGAUAAAAAGGGACCAAAGACCAUUGCUGAAAUGAGAAAACAAGAAAUGUCAAAAGACAUGGACCCCUUGAAACUGAAGAUUCUUGAAUGGAUUGAAGGAAAGGAGAGAAAUAUCAGAGCAUUAAUAUCCACUCUUCAUACUGUGCUUUGGGAAGGGGAAAACAAGUGGAAACCAGUUAGCAUGGCAGAUCUGGUAACUCCUGAACAAGUAAAGAAGUACUAUAGGAAAGCGGUACUUGUAGUUCAUCCAGACAAGGCCACAGGACAGCCUUAUGAGCAAUAUGCGAAAAUGAUCUUCAUGGAAUUGAAUGAUGCAUGGUCAGAGUUUGAAAACCAGGGAUCGAAGCCCCUUUUCUAAAACUUCACCUUAUUGGAAAAAAUUCCAUAAAACAUGGAGCUGAGCCGUGGAGCUGAGCACUGUCGUGACCUUACUGCGCCUACAAUUUAGGAAAUACUUUUCCAUGAUUUCAGAGCAGUUUGAAAUCAUGCACUUAAAUGUGAUGUGUUUUGUAAGAUGUAGUACAAAGGAUUACAUAGAGGCAUUAAGAAAACAAUUGCUCAGUACUUCAAGAAAUCAGUCUGGGAGUAAAGAUUUCCUUUCAAUUUUAAAUAUGGUAAAACAGAAUUUUAAUGAUGUUUCCUGGUAUCUGGUAUACUAGUAUCAACUGUAAAUCAUUCCAAAUCCAUUGAUCUGUGUUUAACCACUCCCUCCCUCAAUUUAUUUUCAUUAGUUUUUUGUGAUUUGAUUUUGACAUUUGGUGCCUGUCGCCUUAUUCAAAGUGCUUUAGUUGUCACCAGUGCGUUUGCUUGGCUUAUCUCAAAUCCGAAGGUGUAUAUUUUCAGCUGUAUUUUAUGUAAUGAAUAUGAUAAUCAUUCUGUAAAUUAAAAUGUUUUCUGACAAUACCUGUGUUCCUUACAAUGAAUUGACUAGUUCUUUAGUCAAAAAAGAUACCAACUGUGGGAAAGUCAGCUGGAGUUGUUCUUGUUGUUUUUUUUUUUUUUAACAUAUCAUGAACAUGGAAACAAAUUUUGGCUUUAAGAUCUGCAUGUUCCUGUUUUAUUUAUUAUAAACUUUGGAAGGCAAUACUGUGUGACCAGUGCUUAUUUUUCUAGUUCUUUAAAUUGUAUCUUUUUCUUCUGAUUUCAAUGGAAUGUGCCUUCCAUUGGACUGUACUAUGAUGAUAAGUGUCAUUCUGAAACUUGAAGUGUGAGCACAAAACAUUUUAUUCCAAUUUGUCUGUUAGGAGUAAAUGUUACUUUACUAUUUGUCAUCUGGAGAACGUUUGGAGUACUUUAACACUUUUAUCCUGCAUGUCUGAACUUGUGUAUUUUGAGAUAUGCAUGACAUCAGUGUGUAUGAAAACACAGGGUGCAUUGAUUGUGUCAUAUUUUUGCUCCUACACAUUCCACGUGCUGGCUGGUGCAAAAUGAGUAAAGACAACCUGAGAACAAAACUUGCCAUUUUUUCUCAUCCCUCUUAAAAUGGCAAUUUUUCAGUAGUGCUGGGGUAAGUGAAUGCAAAUGACCAAUCGUAUAAUAACAAACUGCAAAUCUCAUGGAGAGUUUGGAAAUGUUGAAAAUCAGUAUGGCUGUAUUAAGGCUUUAGUAGUCUUUUGGAACAAUGUAGUUUGGCCAUCCAAGUGGAUAAAGAUAUUUCAGUCAUCUUGCCCUUGUAUCUAUUUUUCCUGCUUAACUGAGAGGGAAGCUAUAACCUUGUCAGAGGUAACUCUUCAGCUGAACGACGUCUGAACAGGGAAAAAUGAGAUUGCUGAUGUUAAAUAAACAGUGUUGUGUUGCAUGAGUUUUCCACUGCCAAACCAGCCUGAGAGCUGAUGGGAUAGAAAUUUGUGAAUACAGGGUGCAAUUUAUAGUUGCUCAGAUCUAACAGUUAUCUGUUAACCUCUGUCUGUAAUAGGAUAUGUGUGUGUAUGUGUAUAUGUUAUAUACGCAUAUACACAUGCACAUAUUCAGCUCCUGUGAUUUCUUUUAAAGAUGGAGGCCAGGAUCAGGUGGAAGGCUAUGUGUUAUUCCGAGCUGCAACUGUAUUUCAGUUGCUACUCUGAAGCAGUAUUAAAUCUCAGGUUUCUCCUUCUUGAAAAUAGAUAACUUAUCUCAAUUAAAGGAACUAUUUUUAUUAGUACAUUACAUCAUUUUUGUAUGCAAGGUCUGCAUCCAUACUAAAGGCUUCUGCUGGUAGAAUAGCUGUGUUGGAGACCUGUGGGGCUUUUUACAGAUCCAGGGCAGAUGAUAUAUCGUAAUAGGCUUAAACUGUAGAUACACAGCCAUGUAAUAGGCUGUGCACUUUAAGAAAAAAAGAAAAGAAAAGAAAAAAGUGCAUUCACGGACCUUAAUUUGGAGAGACAGACUUUCAUAAUUGCUCUUUUCCUGAAUGUGUGCAUGAUUAAAAAAAUGGUGAAAAACAUCUUCCUUGGCUUUGUAUGCUUAGUGGGAUUUUCUGGGUGAUGCCAACAGUUCUCUGGUUUUCUUUGGCCUCUCUUUGUUCGCAAAAUUUGUUUGUGCGGCAGAGAAGAAUUUAGAUUUUAAAAGCGAGCAGGAAAAAAGAGGACAAGUUUUUAUUUGGAAUUGAAGACAUCUUGAAAUUGACUUCCCUUUUAAAAAGUAUGGAGAAUCAUGAAGUUUGGCACUGGUUUCUUGCAAGAGCCAUUUGACAAUAAACAAAACUUAGUCAAGUUUUGAAAUGAACCCUCCAGAGCCUUAAGCGGCUCUGGUCCUCAGUAAGGGAACUGCCUGACCCCUUCUAUCCUGUUGCUUUCUAUUUAGUUGAGUUUCGGUGCCAGGAAUAUGGGAGGCUCCGAGAAUUGAGAAUACUCAAGUCUUGGCGGUGCUUCUGUUUGGUUUUUAACUGGUAUUUAACGGAGUUGCCUACAAGAAUGUACAAAGGAGGCUAGGUUUCAGUAAAGCCAUUUAAACAAACUUUCAAAAUGUAAAUAAUGAGCAAGAACACAGUAAAUAGAAGUUGUUUUCCUUAGAAUACCAAGCAGCAUCAGGAUCAGAGGAAGUAUUUCAUUGUUUAAGGCUUAUACACUACAUUUUUUGGUUUACUAUAAUCUGGAAGAGGCAAGUUGAGGAGAACUUUAUGUAAACUUAUAUCGAGUCUUAAACAAUGUUGCUGUUAAAGCAGAGUUGUUUGGAAGAAAAAAAGUCCAGCAAGAUCUGUUUGAAUUCAUCUUGAAAUAGCCAUCAGUAAGGGUAAGAGUUGGAAGUGAGGACUCCUCCCUUUAGCACCCUCAAGGCUUCAUGGCUGUGUGCUUUAUAGGGUAGGACUAUACCCAGACCAUCAUAUAUGUAUGUCACUAUAGCUACAUUUUUAAUGUCCCUGAACAGAAAGGAUUUCAAAAUAGGCUACAGGAAAACUGAUAAAUACUUUGAAUUCUUUCUGGGUGUAAAAUGCAGAUUUUCCAUCACGUUUGUUAUGCAAUGGACAGUCAGAUUUUUAAAAGAUGAAAUAGUGCACUGAAAGCUAGACUUUAUCGAUUUCUGCUGAUUGCAAAGCUUGAGGUUAAGGUAAAUGGAGGUGGUGUCACCAGUUUGAAGCUGUCUGAUAGACUUCACAGAUGGCACUCAAAGCUCUGUGGUGAAGCUUCUCCUUGUCUCUGGCAUCACAUUAUUAUUCCUUCUGGCCCAUAUUUGAGAUUUCUUUUUGUCUGUUAAUAGGAAAGGAGUAUAACCUUAAGGGAUCUUCUUUGCGGCCUCACAGGAUCCAGUUCUUAAAAUUGGGUAGCUUGACUUUGCUAUUGCAAAAGCUAAGUCAAAACAAUGCAAUGUAGAUUAAGAGAAGAGUAGAGAGGAACAUCUGGAUUCUAACCUGCAUCUGAAAAAGGUAUUCCCUCAUUCUCCCUUUGCUGACUUACUCCUGUCUCUGUUUAAAAACUGGUCCAGACCGGUAGGCAAAAAUCUCUUCUACGUUGCCUGCUUUUCCGGCCCUUUUAGACGUGCUACUGACUGGUUAUAGACAAGUGGCAAUACAAGGAAAUUGGCUUUUUGAAGAAGUUGCUACGGAGGAGUGCCUAUAAAAUGGGAGGGCAGAAUUCCAGUAAUUACUGCUGAAGUUGCUUAUGUUACUGAGUUGUAAGAUCGGAGAGUCAGACAACUUAGCUGUUAAAACAGGGGUCUGUGAAGAAGAAACGGUGCUAAGAGUGCAUGUGGCUAGGACCUGCCAGAUGAUGAGGAGAGCAGUGUUUUCUGGCCAUGUGAGAAAACAAGUGGUUUCUUUAGCUUUAGGCAUGUCUGUGUGGUGUUUCCUACUGCUGCCAGGGGUUUCCUUGGACUUAAUAACAGGGAAGAGAAAGAAAAGUGAGUAGUUAAGUAUUUAUAUCCAUAUGAAAUCAAGGGGGGUUAAUAUUGCUAGUGGGUACUGAUACAGAGGCAUGAAAUAGGGGGAAAGUCCCUCUGCUUUGUCACUUAGAUGAAGUUUAAUUAGUUUGCUAAUCAGUGGUAGCUUCUUCCAGCACACUGAAAAGUCUACAACAGUUCUGAUUAAGAACAUUUCCAUGCAACAGUGGCAAAGUCUUUAGUACUGCCACUAUGAGUAAUUAGUGCUCAUGAAAUAAGUGCUUUGCUUACAUCAAUUUUCUUGUCGAUUCUAGAAAGUUCCUCUAAAGUUGUCCUGCCAGGCAUAAAGAGUUCCUUGCUGAGUGUAAUUCCCUGCAUGCAGCUUUGAGACAAUAUUUUGCCCCAGCAGAACCUGAGUUUGAGCGUAACUGAGGCCUCAGCUGCCCUUUGGGAUUGCUGGGCUACGCAAACCAUUCCACCUCCCAAGGGCCUGACUGCAGCUUCUCAUUGUGGUAGUGUAUGUUUGCAUAGUCAUUGGUCCUAGCAGUCUUUGCUGCUCACAGGAAGUAUUUCAGGGGGUGCAUAAAAGUGGUGGCUUUGCUCCUUGGCUCUGUCCUGAAAUCUGACAAUUGCAGUGUAAUCGAUGCUUUGUAAAUAAGUUCAAAGCAGUCCUGUACAGUUGCCUGUGCUUUAUUGGUCAGUUGACGUGUUCCUGUCAAGAAUUUGCAGGUGGUUGACCUGUGAAAGCUGUAGAAGGAAUGUCUCAUUUCCCACCACUUGAAUCUGUCCCUAGUGCAGAGUGGUUUUUGCUACAGGUGGUUGUGUAUUAAGCAAAGGGAUGACUCAGGUGAGCUGUUAAUCUAAUCUUGAUGAAUCUCACAAUGUUUGCUUGCUCUCUGGGUGAGCUUAUUGUAGACUGCAGCUUAGGCUGCAUCAAACUUUAAACAUGUGCUCCAAAAGUAAAAACUCAGUCAUUUUAGGAAGGAUGCAUUUUUUGUUAGUGAAGCUUUUAUUACUAACAGGAUUACAAGGCAUCGUGAGAACUCCUGAAACCCUCUUUAGUGGAAUGUACUGUAUAUUUGCUAUUUAGACUUCUAGAAGCAAUUGUCAUCUCCGUGAUGAGGACUUAGCUUGCUCUGAGACCCUUACUGUAAUUACCUGUAGUUGUGAUUGUACUUUCUAUACCUGUGAUUUUUCUCGUUUGGGGUGGGUGGAAGGACAGAAUAGAUAUUCAAGUCCUAUUUUUGCCGUCUUUCAUCAGGAAAUGCAAUGUUCUGAGUAAUUUUGCUACUAGUGAAAUGAAAAUCUAUACUUGUAUGUAUAUAAAGGUAAUACAGUCAAAUUAAACUUUGUUUAAAAAAAAAAAAUAGAUUUAAUGUUUGGCACAGUGUCCUUGAACAGAAGAUUUUGCUUUCAAAUGUAUUAUGACUUCACCAGUGAUCAAUUAAAACAAACCAAAUGAU